AUUUUAGUUGUGAUUACAGAACGUGUGUUUAAAAAGCAUAAACCAUGAAGAACUAAAUCAUAAACUAAUCCUGUACGCGUGUUCUGCCCUCUCUUAAGUCAUACCCAAAAACAACCAAACCCACUUUGUUCACUUUCUACUUCUCUCUUCUCCUGUCUCUGUUGAGACCACAUAAAAACACUGCUCCUGCUCUUGCACACCUGCAUAUCUAGUCUCAGUCUUGCUUGCUUCGUGAAGAUGGGAUCUGGAGGAUCUGGAUCUGGUGCUGGAACCUUCCUUAAAGUUAUUGCUAUGAACAUUGAUGUUCUUGCUGGGCCUUUGGUCAGUCUUGCUUAUCCACUGUAUGCAUCAAUUAGGGCAAUAGAGACGAAGUCGGUUGUCGAUGACCAGCAAUGGCUUACAUAUUGGAUUUUGUAUUCCAUGAUAACCCUUUUUGAGCUUACCUUUGCCAAAGUCAUUGAAUGGAUACCUAUUUGGUCAUAUGCCAAGCUGAUUGUAACAUGUUGGUUGGUCAUACCAUACUUCAGUGGUGCGGCAUAUGUUUAUCAGCACUAUGUGAGGCCUUUUUACCAGAACCCAAAGACCGUCAACAUUUGGUAUGUCCCCAGGAAGAAAGAUGUUUUUAGUAAACCUGAUGAUAUUCUGACAGCUGCGGAAAAGUAUAUCGAAGAAAAUGGACCAGAAGCAUUUGAACAGAUUAUUCACAGGAGUGCUGGUGAUAGGGCAGCAAGUUCCUCAAGUGGCAGUUUCUUCUUCUCAGGCGAGGAUUACAGAUAUUGAGAUACUUCUGAACUGCUGCUGCAUACUGGAUUAAUCAUAUGAACAAAACUUGGUUAUGCAACUUGCCGUCAGUAGGUUUUGAGUUUGGAAAUAUGUUAAUCGUUUUUCUAAUAUAACCAUUAACUUGGUAUUUGCUCUCUUCUCCUUAAGAUUUUAGAAAGUAAAUUCUGUUAUCUCAUUAUGUGUAAGGUUUCAUUUUCUGUCUUAGGCUUUUACUGUGCAAGCAAUGCAUUGUAUAUAUUGCAUCUUCCUGGUA